AUGGUGGAUGACACAGGAGCUGAUUCCUUAGAUGUUGGCCAGGAGGCAGGUCUGGACUUGAGAGGGUGUCGCAAACGCUGGUCGGGGAGAACUUUGGCCGCUGCCGAUUGCGAACCAGACUCUGCUUCCGUUUCUAGAGAGCGAUCAGUGGGCAGUGCAGAUGAUUUGGGUGAUGCGUCAGUUCAGUUAUUACCAUCUGUCACCUUAGAACCUCCUACCCUACUUGCUGAACAGCCUGUUUCUCAACCGCAACUUCGGCUGGCUGUUUUGGAUUUGCAUGGAUCGGAAGCCGCUUGGAAACAGUGUGCUAGAGAUUCUAAAAGAAGGCGGUUGCUUGGUGAGCCUCUGCCUUGGGAGUCGAUGCCAUGCUUACCUACUCGUAUUGGUUCGAGUGACGUGUUGAAUUCUCGCACUGUCAUCGACAGACCUGAGAGUUCUGUUCAAAGUUCCACCCAGCAGACUCUUGUCAGGAAGCUUGUGUUGAAAGGUUCUCGACGUGAGCUUCCGGACGAGGACAUCCGUAGGGUGGCGUUGCUCAAGCUGCAAUCUUUGAUUUUGAGUGAUCAAUUUGCCACGCAGUUGGGUACCAGCUUGGGAAGCCUUUUGGAGGAUGGAUUGAGUCACGAUGCCGCAACUCAGUCUUUCGCUGAUUGCUUCCGGAUGAAGGCCUCUUCGACCUUGCAGAAGCGAGCAAGUUCAUUACAGCGUUUGGUAAACAUCCUGGCAGGUCUUGGUGUGGAUCGACCUUUCAGGCUUACCGAAUCUGAACUCUAUGCGGCGCUCUGCGAGAUGCGGGCUACAGGAGCUGGUGCAACGUCUGCCCAACGCAUCAUUGAGAGUUUGUUUUUCCUGGAGGGGACCGUCAAAUUCCUGCUUGUGGAUAUUAAUGCAGUGGUCUCAGGCAGAUGUCGUGGAGUGGCCAGAGACAUGUACUUGGGCAAGCAUCCUCUGUCACAGAAGUUUCCCUUGAGUGUCUUUCAGGUCAGGAUUCUGGAGGAAGCCAUGAAUCACGAACCUUCCUUCGUGCAGUGCAUUUUGGGUCAACUCCUUUUCUGCAUUCACGCAUGUUGCCGUUGGAAGGAUGCGCAAAGACUUCGGAAGCUAAGCGUAGAAUUUUCCGAGGAGGAGUCUCUGCUAUAUGCUGACGCCAUUUCGUCCAAAACCUCCCUCAGCCUAGAUGCGAGAACACGCUUUCUUCCGUACGUGGCUCUAGGUCACGGGGUGACCGGCAAGGACUGGGCUUCACGAUGGCUUCAAGCAAGGCAGGCUGAGCGCCUCGGUUUUGACGAUUGCGCUCUCCCGAGCUUUUCAGAACGGAAAGGUUGCUGGGUGUCAGCCCCGAUGAGUGCCUCCGAGGGCACCUGCUGGUUGCGCGAGGUUUUGGGCAAGCGCAUGUCAGAUUGGGACCCACGCAGCUUUGGAUCUGACCUGGGCAGGUAG